AUGGGAGGCGUAAAACGUAAAAUAAAGAUUGAGUUCAUCAAAGACAAAGCAGUAAGAUCAGUUACUUUUACCAAACGACGUGACGGUCUCUUCCGCAAAUCUUCAGAGCUUUGUCUUCUCUCUCCCACCACUCAAAUCGCAAUCUUAACGAAGCCUCCAACUACAAAUUCUCACGCUGCUUUCUACUCCUUCGGCCACUCCUCUGUCGACCACGUUGUCUCUUCUCUACUUCACAACCAGUCUCCUCGUCGUCCGACAAACCAAGAAGUGAACAGAUGGUUAGGUGGUCGUUGGUGGGAAGACGAAGCCUUGGAAAGACUGGAGAAUGUCGACGAGUUGAGAGAUGCGACCGAUGCGGUUACUAGGAUGCUGAACAAUUUGAGGUUACGGUUAGAUGCCGUGAAGAGUAGUAAUCAAAGAGGUGGAGCUUUAGUGAUCCAUCAAGAGGAGGCUCCUCAGGUUUGUAACACCAACACUAACUAUAAGAACGAAGAGACGAUUGCUAAUUCUGAAAGUGCUUCUGGUUUAGUGAUCCAUCAAGAUGAGGUUCUUCAGCUUUGUAACACCAACACUAACUAUAUGAACGAAGAGACGAUGACUCAAAUUGCUAAUUCUGAAGGUGCUUCUGGUUUAGUGAUCCAUCAAGAUGAGGUUCCUCAGCUUUGUAACACCAACACUAACUAUAUGAACGAAGAGACGAUGACUCAAAUUGCUAAUUCUGAAGGUGCUUCUGGUUCUGGAAGUUUGAAAGAGAAAGAGGAGGGUUUUCUGCAUGUUGAUGGUGUGGAUAUUGAUGAUUUUUUCACUGAUUUCAAGUUUGAUCCAUUAUUUUAA